AUGAACCUCCCAAACGAUUGUCUGAUGGAGAUUCUUUCAUGGCUUCCGGCCAAAAAAACAAUAAUUUUAAAGACUGUGAACAAGAACUUCUUUCACUUAAUAUCCAAUUCUUUCUUCAACGCUUUACAAGCGAGACAUGUUAAGAGUACCAACGCCGGCAUCUUGAUGAACAGGCACGGUUGGCGUUACAUAAGUGAAGUUCUUUUCUUUGAUCAGGCAUCCAAUGUCCCACCAGAUUCUAUGAAGAUUUUGAGCAGGAAAAUGCAGAAUCUUUUGGGCUCAUUUAAUGGAUUAAUCUUUUUUGAGGGGAAUGAUUAUCGUUUGUAUGUGUUUAAUCCUGUGACAAAAACUAUUGCGGAGAUACCUUCUCCCCCAAACGUUCAACUGCAUAUAAAUGCCACACUCUUCUCCCGGGCCAUGUGUGUGAGCUCUGACAAUGGUGAAGAAUUUGAGAUGAUAUUCAUAGCCAGAAAAAAGAAUCUUGUUACAAAACCCCAUCUGGAGGAGGAGGAGGAGGAGCCCUUCUACUUCACGUUUGAGUGCAUGUCUUACUCAUCUAAAUACAUGUCCUGGGAGUAUAUUGCUGAGAUUGAUCUUGGUGAGAGGAAUAUAAUUGCUGAAGAUCCGGUGUUUGUGAAUGGGUAUAUCUAUUUUCUUUCUACUACAGCAGCAACUGAUACAACUAGCGUCCAUCCCUACAUUCUUGCCUUUCAUGUUGAUAAGAGGAAGUCAGAGUUUGUGCCUUUGCCAGAACAAGUGCAAAAAUUGGAUGGUGAUAGUUAUGAGGUAAGAAUUGCACCAUCUAGCAAUAAUAAUACUGAUGGACAGUUGUGUUUAAUUCAAUAUAUUAAGAAAGAGCGGGUGGUGGUAUGGGUGAUGAUGUGUCAUUCUUCGGCAUCAUCAUCAUCAUCAUCAUCGUCAUCAUUAUCAUCACAAGGCUUUUGGAGGAAAGUCCAUGAGGUUGAUAUAAUCACAUUGGGACUAGGUGAGGUUGAUAUUAUGACAUUGAGAUUUGGUGAGGACCGAGACAAGGAGAUAGGUAACUACAUAUUGAUCGAUGGCAAGCUUCUUGUGUUUUCGGUUUCAAUGUAUAUAUAUACUUAUGAUUUUGUUGAAGGAUCUUUGAACAAAGUUGGAAAACAUAAACAAGGCGAGCGUCCGCGACUUAAUCCAUAUGCCAAUACUUUACAUUCAUGUGGGAAAUUUGAGCAACAAAUUUAA